GCAACAGAAAUCGUUUUGUUAUGUGCAUCGACGCCGUCCCGUGGGCCUUUGUUCGCGUCGUUCGGUCGACGGGCAACGUGCACGUACCCACGAUCCCCGCCGGCCUUUGCGAAACGUCCGACGAAUACGUUACUAAAAUUAUCCCGCACUCAUAUGACUGUGUGGUGCACGUGAUUUUGUGUUCAUGCUAUUGUUUCUUGACAGCCGCGACGACACUUUGCCUGUUUUCUUCGCAAGAGGGAAUGAUGAUCCAGUCGGCAUGUUAUGGGCCUAAUAAACAAAUUGUUUCGCGACAAUAAUUCUAACAAUAAACACCCAGACGUCAGUAUUGACUUUUCGGAGGAUAACAUCCGAGUCCUCCUGUUUAGAGAGUGCGAAUUCAACGGACGCAAAGUCCUGUUCGACACCGUCAAAAGACCCAGCAAAAAUGAGGAACAGAAAACCCAACCAACGACUCAAAAACCGGACACCCAACCUUUGCCACACAGCCAACUGGCCGAAAUGGUAUUCGGAUCGGUAGCGAUGGGCUUCAGCAGCUGUUGCUUCAAAAUCCACCUGCUGCAGCCAAAAAAUUUAAUGUUAACCCAAAUAUUUCCUAGCCCACGCCAUCGCGAGAAAGUUAGGGAGUCGUUUUCGAGCACCUCCAGCCAAUGUUUGGAGCAGAGCACUGUUUUUGAGGACUCAGCUACGAGCAGUACAAAUUCCAGCGCCAGCGACCAGCUUUCCACUUACAGCUCAGCAUCAGAUCAAAUACUCGGUGAUUCGUUAAGUUCAUUAUCCUCCGGAAACGUGUACAAGAAGUGGUUGCGCAGCAACAACUGCCUAAACUUCGGCUCCGGAUCGUUCGGGUCGGUCAAGGAGGGCGCCUCCACUUCCAGCCACCACCGCUCCAGCAAAUUGGGCUUUGUGCUUAUCAUCGAUAUCCCAGAGAAAAACCAAACAUCCUUCAUGGAGUUCCACAUGGAGCACAUAAGCCUGUUCGAGUCACUCAUGCACCGUGCCAGGCGGCUCAUAGAAAUCGCCUACACUAAGCCGCACACCUUCGAGUCCUCAAUGGAGGAGGUGGCACGUCUGACGAAGCGAGGCGUCCGUAGUCUAGUCACCAGCCCCAAUCUUGCCCCCAGUCUGAUUCGGAAGAGGGCUCUUCAAAGCAACUGUGAUACAUAUAGCGAUGCAUUUAAACGUGUACUUAGGCUUACGUUAAAUAGAGAUAGGUUAUUCACGAGGCUGACGGGAGAGAGUGUUGGUGAGCGGACGUUGCACUUUGGCAAUUUUCUGAACGAGUUUUGCACCCUCAUGGAAGUCGCGGACAACAAAAAUACCAGUUUUUUCAUGAGCAGUUUAAUAACGGCAGUUUUGACGCACCAUUUGGGUUGGGUACGCUCCUCGUUGGGUGCACCCACUGAGGACGACGUGGUUUACAACGCCCUUUGGUGCCAGUUGCUCAAUUUGUACGGUGCCAUUGGACAUCCGUCGAAAAUGUCUCAGACUAUAGUGACGGGCAACUGCGAGGACACGAUGGCGAAAGUGCUUCGUUGCGUCGCCUUCUUCAUCAAAUGCUGUGAUAUCAACAAGAAUGAACACAACCGGUGCAACGUGGAAGAGGAAAAGGAAAUUGCCAAGGAAGUCUAUGAGAUAUAUUAUAAGAAGAAAGAUGUACACAAGAGUCUGGAUAAUAUUAAUAACAAUUACAUCGUGAAUGAAAUGAAACGUAAAUCAGAUGUGACAUUCCAAAAACGGGAAGAAAAGAGUAGUUUAUUAGAGUUACCGAAUACUAAACGUCUAACGAGAACUAAGUCUUUCGCCAAUAAUCUUAAUGUAUUUCAACAGUCGGUUGAAGGCAACAAUAACAAAUGUUGCGUUACAUUAACAGAGUGUGAUUUCGAUAGGUUUAAUAAUAACGACGACAUUGCAAUUAAAAAUAACGAAAUAGUGUCAAAAAGCAAUAACGACAAUGUGGUGUUCGUUUUGGGGGAGAAUGAAACUUUAGUGGGUAUUAAUAGGUUUCCUAAUGAAGAAUUACAUUCCAAUAAUGUACUAAAUAGUGGGGCAAACGUUUUGGAUCACACGACUAGUUUGGAAAACAUUAUGGUUACCUCUGAAGAAUAUUUUACAAAGCCCAAAGCUAUGGAGAAGGCUAGAUCUGAGAUAAAUUUGUGUCCACCAUCUAGAACGAAAAAAACGUCUGGUCUAAAUGUGAACAAAAUUGAAACUACUGCUGGAAAGGAAGACAACCAAGGAAACAAGAUGAGGAUUAUAAAAAUGCCAAUGCCAAAGUCGACGAAAAUAACAAAAGAAACUCGCUCUAGUCCAAAUAUUUUAUCAGUAUUUAAGGGCAUAACUGAUCACUACAUCCCUGAUAUGGUUCUUCAGGGAACAGUUAAACCUAAGGUGGACUGGAUAUACAAGUUAAAAAAUGAUUUGGCCCUAACCAGUCAACAGACUCAGUUUGGCAAGUUUGUGGAGGAAGUUGUUGCAAUAUUAGCCAACAUUAACACAUGGGAAGUCCACCUUAUGUCCAGCCACACUUAUGUAAUAGACCCAAACGCAACAGGCAUCAGGGUGUACAUGUCUCAUCUUGUGUCUAACAUGUUAGAAUCCUUGUAUGUGAUGUGGAAACAAAAAGUUCCAGUCAAAUAUUGUCAACGACACAUGGAGAAUAAAAUGCGUGAAAUUUGCAUACAUUCAAAGACAUUGGCCCAGUUGUUGCUCAAAACUCCCAUUUGCAAUAUGGAAACAUUAAACUCGACGCUUCACAUAGACGUUAAUGAUGUGCCUUUAUUGAUGGCCAUUGCUUCUGUGCACACACCGGAAGUCACGCAAAAAUACGGACUUAGUUUUCAAUAAUUGCCCCUUAUUUAUAUUUUAUUAUGUGCUUUAUAUGAUUUUUUAAUUAUAACAGUAUGAUUUUGUUACAUAUAAAUUAUUAAACUUAAAAAUACUAAAUAAAUUAUUGAAUUUA